AGCAAAAAAGGAAGAGUUGAUAAAUACAGAAACAAAAUCCAAAGAGCUGGUGGAAAUUAAUUUAAUGGUGUUGGCACAAAUGUUCAUCGCUGCUGCAAAUUCGAUGUUUCUCCGAUUUCAAGAACUUGCAUGGCAAGAAAUAAUCACCCCUUGUCUCUUGGAAGAAGCAAGUAUAAUCCUCCAACUCGGUUUUCUCGCAAUUAUAUCGAUCCUCUUCAUAAUGAACAACGUUGAUUCUUCAUGCAAACGCAGAAACAAGUCGAGCCAAGUCGAAGAUCAAUACCACACAAAUGACAAAUAUACCCUCUCCCUCAAACUCUCCCUCGUUUCUUCCAUCACAAUCCUCGUCACUCAACUCACUGCCUUGCUCGAUUCGCAACUAAGCACCGCCAAUGUGUGUGGGCCCUACAAAGGCCUAGUCCUUUCGUCAAGGAUUACGCAAGUGAUAUCAUGGUCAAUCACACUAGUCGCACUUUGCAAAAUCCGGAAAAACACGAAGCUCAUCUAUUUCCCGUGGAUUUUGAGAUCGUGGUGGAUUUCGAGCUUCUUGUUAUCUAUUACUCGUUCGAUUAUCGAUGCUCGUUCUAUAAUCAAGAACCACAGUCAACUCCGAUUCCAAGAAUAUGCUGAUAUUAUCAAUCUAGUAGCUUCCACUAUCCUACUAGGAUUAUCAAUCCGUGGGAAAACGGGAUUGGGAUUAUCCUCCAUCAUAAUCGAAAACGGGAUAAAUAUUUCCGAGCCACUUCUCAACGGUAAAAACGAAAAGCACGCACAAGCUACUUAUAAGAGAGAUAGUAGUCCAUAUGGAAGAGCCACUCUUAUUCAACUAAUCACAUUCUCUUGGCUUAAUCCACUCUUCGAAUACGGAUUCAAAAAGCCGCUCGAUCAAGAAGAAGUCCCCGAUGUUGAUAUAAAAGACUCUGCAGAUUUUCUCUCGCGGAAUUUCGAUGAAUGCCUCAAAUACAUUAAAGAAAAGGACAAAACUCAAACCCCCUCUAUAUACAAGGCGAUAUAUAUAUUCGCGAGGAAGAAAGCCGCUAUAAACGCACUUUUCGCAAUCACAAGUGCAGCAACUUCUUACGUGGGGCCCUACCUAAUCAAAUUCUUCGUCGAUUUCUUGAACGAGAAGAAAUCAAGAAGCUUGUCGAGCGGCUAUUUUCUUGCAUUAGGGUUUCUUGUGGCGAAAUUGGUGGAGACUAUAGCUCAACGGCAAUGGAUAUUCGGGGCCCGACAAUUAGGGCUCCGUUUGAGGGCCGCUUUGAUUUCACAAAUCUACAAAAAGGGUUUGAUUCUGUCGAGCCAAACAAGGCAGAGCCGUACAAGUGGCGAGAUAAUCAAUAUAAUGAGCGUAGAUGUGCAAAGAAUAACCGACUUCACGUGGUAUUUGAACACGUUAUGGAUGCUGCCUAUACAAAUAUCACUAGCUAUCUUUAUAUUGCACAUGAAUCUUGGAAACGGAGCUUUUGUGGCGUUGGGUGUAACUCUGUUAGUAAUGGCGGGGAAUAUUCCGUUAACUCGGAUGCAAAAGGGUUACCAAACGAAGAUCAUGGAAGCGAAAGACGAACGCAUGAAAGCCACUUCGGAAGUUCUUCGUAACAUGAAGACGCUAAAAUUACAAGCGUGGGAUAUCCGGUACCUUAAAAAAAUCGAAUCUUUAAGACAAACGGAGCACAAUUGGCUUUGGAAGUCUCUUAGAUUGACAAGUGUCACCACUUUCAUCUUUUGGGGGUCGCCCACUUUCAUAUCGGUGAUCACUUUCGCGGGUUGCGUUUUGAUGGGGGUCCCGCUCAAAGCGGGUACGGUUUUAUCCGCUCUAGCCACUUUCCGGAUGCUCCAAGAUCCGAUUUUUAAUUUGCCCGAUUUGCUCAAUGUGAUGGCUCAAGGGAAAGUUUCGGUUGAUCGAAUCUCCUCUUAUCUACAAGAAGACGAGAUCAAGUCAAACGCCGUUGACAUUGUCGAAAACGACGAAACGGGGUUUCAUGUAGAAAUUAUUGGCGGGAAAUUCGGUUGGGAAGUCGAAUCGAAGAUUCCGAUUCUUGAUAAUAUAAAUUUGAGGGUUAAAAAGGGAAUGAAGGUGGCGGUUUGCGGGACCGUCGGAUCGGGGAAGUCGAGCUUGCUAUCGUGCGUGUUGGGCGAGAUGGAGAGGUUAUCCGGUGCGGUGAGGAUCACGGGAACUAAGGCAUACGUGCCGCAGUCGCCAUGGAUAUUGACGGGGAAUAUCCGGGAGAAUAUUCUUUUCGGGAAGGAGUACGAUGGGGAGAAGUAUUGGAGGACGAUCGAGGCUUGCGCUUUGGUGAAGGAUUUCGAACUUUUCGGGGCGGGAGAUUUGACGGAGAUUGGAGAGAGAGGGAUAAAUAUGAGUGGUGGCCAAAAACAGAGGAUUCAAAUCGCACGUGCGGUUUAUCAAGAUGCAGAUAUUUAUUUGCUUGAUGAUCCUUUUAGUGCUGUGGAUGCACACACUGGAACAGAACUCUUUAAGGAUUGCUUGAUGGGGAUUCUUAAGGAGAAGACAAUAGUGUAUGUUACUCACCAAGUUGAAUUUCUACCUGCAGCAGACCUCAUUCUGGUGAUGCAAAAUGGAAAAAUAUCACAAGCAGGUACCUUCGACGAGCUAUUGAAGCAAAACAUCGGAUUCGAAGUUCUAGUUGGGGCCCACAAUGAAGCCCUAGAAUCGGUCCAAUCGGUAGAAAACUCCAGCAGAAUCUCCGAUCAUGCACCGGCGGCGGCGGCCGAGAACGAAGCGGCGGCGGCGGCUGAAGCAGACGCCGCCGCGAAUCAGGAAUUCCCGCACACGAAGCAGGACUCGGAGCACAAUCUAUGCGUAGAGAUCACCGAGGAGGAAGGGAGAUUGGUGCAGGAAGAGGAGAGAGAAAAGGGCAGUAUCGGAAGAGAAGUUUACCUGUCGUAUUUGACGACGGCGAAAAGAGGGGUUUUGGUUCCGAUUAUAAUCCUGGCGCAGACUUCGUUCCAGGUGCUGCAGAUCUCGAGCAAUUACUGGAUGGCGUGGGCUUGCCCCGCCGGAGAUGAUCUGCCGUUGAUCGGAAUGCGAUUUGUGCUGUUUGUUUACACGCUCCUUGCUCUAGGCAGCGCUUUCUGUGUGCUGAUUAGGGCUUCUUUGGUGGCGGUUGCCGGAUUGAUGACGUCGGAGAAAUUGUUCAGUAAUAUGCUCAACAGUGUUUUCCGUUCUCCGAUGGCUUUCUUUGACUCUACGCCGACCGGGAGAAUUCUGAAUCGGGCUUCGACGGAUCAAAGCGUGCUCGACUUAGAAAUGGCGAACAAAUUAGGAUGGUGUGCAUUCUCAAUAAUCCAGCUUCUCGGUACCAUAGCAGUUAUGUCACAAGUUGCAUGGGAAGUAUUCGUCAUCUUCAUUCCGGUCACAGCUAUCUGCAUCUGGUACCAGCAAUAUUAUAUACCAACGGCGAGAGAAUUGGCCCGUCUGGCUGGAAUCGAACGGGCCCCAAUCCUUCACCAUUUUGCAGAAUCGCUAACCGGAGCCGCAACUAUACGUGCAUUUAACCAACAAGAACGGUUCACAGAUGCUAACUUAAGCCUCAUUGAUAAUCACUCGAGGCCAUGGUUUCAUAAUGUGUCGGCUAUGGAGUGGCUUUCUUUUAGACUGAAUCAGUUGGCCAAUUUUGUCUUCGCCUUUUCACUCGUUUUGCUCGUCACUCUCCCUGAAGGAAUCAUAAAUCCAAGUAUUGCAGGUUUGGCAGUGACUUAUGGAAUAAAUUUGAAUGUUCUACAAGCUUCCGUGAUAUGGAAUAUUUGCAACGCCGAAAAUAAAAUGAUAUCCGUAGAACGGAUUCUUCAGUACUCGAAUCUUACAAGCGAAGCCCCUCUUGUUAUUGAAGAGAGUAGGCCUCCGAUAGACUGGCCACAUUUUGGAACUAUUUGCUUCGAAAAUUUGCAGAUACGCUACGCUGAGCAUCUACCGUCUGUAUUGAAAAAUAUAACAUGCACAUUUCCCGGGAGGAAAAAAAUCGGGGUAGUGGGAAGAACCGGUAGUGGAAAGUCAACUCUCAUUCAAGCUAUUUUCCGUAUUGUGGAGCCAAGAGAAGGCACCAUUAUUAUCGAUGAUGUGGAUAUAUCAAAGAUCGGCCUUCAUGAUUUAAGAUCAAGGGUCAGCAUUAUUCCUCAAGAUCCAACGAUGUUUGAGGGCACCGUUCGAGGAAAUCUCGACCCUCUAGAGCAACACUCCGACUCCGAAAUCUGGGAGGCAUUGGAUAAAUGUCAAUUAGGAGAUAUAGUGAGACAAAAGGAGGAAAAGCUGGAAUCGACAGUGGUUGAAAACGGAGAAAACUGGAGCGUAGGGCAAAGGCAGCUAUUUUGCCUAGGAAGAGCUCUACUAAAGAAAAGCAGCAUUCUUGUUCUUGAUGAAGCAACAGCUUCGGUUGACUCUGCAACUGACGGUGUAAUACAGAAAGUUAUCAGUCGGGAAUUUGAAGAUCGAACCGUUGUUACAAUAGCUCACAGAAUCCACACCGUCAUAGACAGUGAUCUUGUCUUGGUGCUCAGUGAUGGAAGAAUAGCAGAGUAUGAUUCACCAGCGAAGCUAUUGGAAAGAGAGAACUCUUUCUUCUCUAAAUUGAUUAAGGAGUACUCGAUGAGAUCGCAGAGUUUCAACAACAUACCGAAGUUGGAGUGAUUCUUGAUGCAAUUUUUUCGUGUUUAGUAUUUCAUCAUCUUACAUGAAAAACGAAAAAAAAAAAAGUUGAAAAAUAUUCGGACUGGUUUCAAUGAACAUGGUAUCUUUUGUUGGUUAACCGUUAAUUAUUAUGAUUUAUGCAAUCAGAAACAAAGAAGGUUGAAAGUAAUAGUUAAUGUUGCUACAAUUUUUGUGAAGUUGUUACUCUCGUUUAGGGUU